CUUUCGAAGACGGCAACACUGAGAUCGUUAGACGCCCGAACACGGUAAAUUAAUUCGCUAAGGUAUUAGUUUUUUUUAUAUCUUCGGGGCUAAUGUCAUGGUGGUUGCACUUGGAACGCGGAGAGUUGCAGUCCGUUGCGAACGUCUUGCAAAACUGCUGCAGAACGUCGCCCCACGAGGUAGACUUCUUUUCUAGGUCCUGACGCUUGGGAAUACUAAUGGGUUCUACCUAUUCUUGUCUCGUCUGCUUACCUUACUGCUUGUCUUUAUUUAUAACUAAUUAAACCAGACGCGGUUCGAAGUGCAUCCUAGUAUGGCCCAGUCAAUCAGCGGCGUUCCGAGCAAUAUUGUCAUGUCCCGUUGUUUGUUCAAAUGCGGAUUAAAAUGAGCAAAAGGACGUUGUGAUUCACGCAUCCUGUGACGUACCUCUGGUGGUUGUGUUAAUUAACUGCAGUUCGGAUUGAUUCAUCUCUGGGCCAGCUAGAAUUUUAAAUUGUCAAAAUGAGCAUCUGGGGACACUUGAACGUGGAACAUGCCACGAGCGCUAUAUCGGUCGGCGCUCGACAUCGAGUCAUGUCUAGUGUGAAUGUCCUAAAUUGGUAAACGAAGAUACAUGGUAUUUUAUAAAGUGUCAUCAUCAAUUUGCAAUUCUUUUAAACAAUUCUCGUUACAAUUUUCAAUGAUACGUCGCUGCACAAUGUGCAACGAUGCUGUAACCGUUACAAAAGUCAAGUGCAACCUGAUCGGUAAUCAGUGAAACCUUCUAAGUGCCACGCUAUCGACUUCGUUCCAUUACGUUUGUUUUCACUAGGAACUACAAGUAUUUGAAAAAGAUACGUAUUGUUUAAUGAGUCUACAGAGACCAUCGAACGUCAAACAUACUUCCACUCUUAUCCGCCUUGCUGUUUGAUCUGAACACUUCAGAUCCGAUGUAGUAUCUCCAAACAAUAAUAUAUCGAUUAUUUGAAGAACAUCACGCGUGAUACCCUAUCAACCCGUUAAUUACUGGAAAGUUUUAUAUUCUUAUAGGAACGUUAAUUUGUUCGCGUAUAUCUCUUAUUCCCCACGUGAAUGGGUUCGGUCUCGUGUCGGACUAGAUCCAAGUUUCAAAUCGACCGACUAAUUUCUAGAGCAUUCGAGUGACCCGCAAAAAAUUGUAACGCCACAGAAACAAUUUCAAUAACCCAUCCAAAAACAUCAUAAUCAUUAUUUUUCGAUCAGUCUAAGAAACUUGUUCGUUAUCGAUACCAAAGGAAAACCAAAUCAAAUUCCCAAACGUUCGAUGCUCGAAAUGUCUCGUCCAAAGGCUUCUCGUUCGAUUCCAUAAAUUCCCGAAAAAUCACGUGGACUUUAAGGAACCGUGGAGAAACUCGUGGACUUUAAACUGUCGUUUGCGCCGUUAACGAACAUCAUCGCGAAUUUGACGUUUCACGGCAUACACAGGGGAAAUGCACCUUGGCUGCAGGUGACGAGUUUAAAAUUAAAGCGCAGACGGGUCUUCCAAGGCUUAUAUUUAGGACGACGCGCACGCGCGAUCCGAUUAGAAAUGCCGUGAAGACUUAGGAACUUCUGUAUCCACCGAAUUCCGACGUGCGCCGCGAUUUUCACGAGCGAGUGGUACACGAGGCUCCCUGCGCCCCCGGUUUCAUAUUUUUCUCCCCACGGGACGGUGUGCCGAGAUCGCGUGAACACCAUCCGCGGCGGGUGCAAAGUUCGGGUCAGCGCACGCGACACGCGAGCGAGUCCUCCGAUAGAUCGGUUUCCGAGAUCGCGAAGUCCGAAAUCGAGAGUAGAAUCCGAUCGAUCGGGCCGCGUUCAGUGAUCGUCGAUCCCGAAUCCCUUCGGUUCUCUUCUGCCAAGGUUGCCACUGAUCAAACAGCAAGAUGGAUCUCGGCGGAGUGGACGUCUGGGGCCAGAUCGCCGUGGAAACGUCUCAGAUGUUCGUUUCCGAGGGCGGUGUCAUUAAGAGUCGCUUCGCGGGAACCACCAUAGAGAAGCUGCCCGACAAGGUAAUUCUGCACGUCUUCAGUUACCUAUCGCAUCGCGAAAUAUGCAGGGUCGCACGUGUCUGCAAAAGGUGGCGGCAGAUCGCGUACGACACGCGCCUUUGGAAAAACGUGUCCCUGCGCCCGGAGAUCAGCGGGUUGCACGUCAGCUCGUUGGACAAUCUGCUGCACUUGAUCAGUACACGCUUCGGCGCGUCGUUGAGGUAUAUCGAGCUGCCGAUCGAGCUGAUCACGCACACCGUCCUCCACGAGUUAGCGAACAAGUGUCCGAACUUGACGCAUAUGCUGCUCGAUUUCUCGACCGCCAUGCAGCUGCACGAUUUCUCGGAGAUGCAGGCCUUCCCUACCAAGCUCAAGUACAUGUGCAUCUGCCUGUCGGAGGUGAUCUUCAUGGAAGGUUUCAUGAGGAAGAUCUACAACUUCAUCAAUGGUCUGGAGAUCCUCCAUCUUAUAGGUACCUACGAAAAGGUGGAGGAGGAAGAGGAAGAAAUCUACGAGGUCAUAAACGUUCAUAAGCUGAAAUCAGCGACUCCGAACUUGAGGGUGAUCAACCUCUACGGGAUCAAUUUCGUCGACGAUUCCCACAUCGACGCGUUCUCCUCGAACUGCAUCCAGCUCGAAUGUUUAGCUGUGAACUUCUGCUCGAAGGUUACCGGUUCGACGAUGAAGACUCUGUUUCAGAGGAGCAGAAGAUUGAAGUGUCUUCUGAUGCAGGGCACAAAUCUUCAAAGCGAAUACGUGAUGCAAGUGGAGUGGGAGAAAUCGAGUAUCCUGGAGUUAGACAUCACAGCGACUGACUUGUCCACGGACUGCCUGAUCGAUAUGCUGUCCAGGAUCCCGGGACUUCGUUUCCUGAGCGCUGGUCAGUUGAACGGAUUCAACGACAGCGUACUGAAAGCCUGGGCAGAGAUGGGCAAUCCCCGAAAUCUGAUCGCUUUGGACCUAGGCAGCUCGGAUAACCUGACCGAUGACGCGCUGCACAAGUUUCUGUCGAGAUACGGCCAUCAACUUUGGGGACUCUCCCUGUCCGGCAUGCCUCAUAUCACUGAUCAGCUGUGGCAGAGCGUGCUACCAAUAUUAACCAACGCCAAGAUUCUCGUGAUGGGAACAAACGAGAGGCUGGGCGUGAAUAUCCACGUGGAUCAAUUGAUGGACGGGAUUGCCAACAACUGUCCGAACCUGGAGCGCCUGGAGCUGCGCUGGGAUCCGGAGAACCUGCGGUUUUCCGACAAGAGUCAGAAGGCCAUCGACAUACUUCGCGUGAAGUGCAUCAAGUUACGGUGCCUGGGUCUGAGUUUGAUGUGUUCCAGUGACGGGAGGUACUACGAGAUCGUGAAGGCGAAUUUCGAGCGUGCCGACAGACUGACGGUCGUGCGGACAACGACGUGCUGCCGAGUGUCGAACUACUACCUCUUAGCCAAUUACAAAGAUCUGAUAUUCAAUUAAAAGGAAGUUACUUUUUUUAUCUAAUAAAUAUUUGUAUAUACACCGCGGGGUAUUCAUGUAUAAAGUGUUCCAUGUGACGCAUCGCCGGGCAACAGUAAUCCAUAAACGAGAUCAUGGAUACGCGGCAACGACGGACGACGAAUCCAUUAUUCCGAGUAUUAAGACAACGAACAAAAUGCAAGAUAUAUAUUUUUAUACACCAUUUUUGAACCUGUACAUACUCCACCGAUCGCCGAAGAUUUCGAAACUCUAGAACGGAACGUUCUCAAGCUAAAAGUGACGAGUCUCUCUCUUUCGAAUGUGCAAGUUUCUUUGGAAUUCGACAAUCUCCAUGUUCUUAUUGACAAUUGUAAAAACGGAAGAAAGAUACAAAAAAAAGAAAUAGAAUGAACAGUUUGACACCA